AUGGGUAUCGCAAACAUACUAACUGGCUUGGCUUCUGUCGCGGCUAUCUCUAAUGCAGCUGCUAUCAAACAACACGGUUUCACAGAUCUGGAAAAAAUUGGUACUCAAGAGGCAUUGUUUCCAUUUCUAGGUGGUUCCGCUCCUCAUUUCUCAUACCCAUUCGAUUAUGGCAUUCCGAAAGAGAUCCCAGACGUUUGUGAAAUGAAUCAAGUCCAGCUAUUUGCGAGACAUGGUGAGAGGUAUCCAACUGUGAAUUCUGGACGUAGAAUCUUGCAAACUUAUUACAAAUUGAUGAAUUACACCAGAGAUUUUAACAGCUCCCUUUCAUUUUUGGAUGCUGACUACGAGUUCUUCAUUCAAGACCAAGACAAUUUAGAAGAAGAAACCACUAUGAAAAAUUCUUUAAACCCAUUGAAUCCUUACACAGGUGAAAUGGAUGCCAAAAGACAUGGCCGUGAAUUUUUAGACCAAUACGAAGAAUUGAUUGCUGAUACACCAGACUUUGCAGUCUUCACAUCUAAUUCUAAAAGAUGCCACGACACUGCACAGUUCUUUAUAGAUGCUUUAGGAAAUGACUACAACGUUUCCUUGCAAGUGCUUGAUGAGGAUGCCAGCUCCGGUGCCAAUACCUUAACUCCAAGACACUCAUGCGCUAAGUUUAAUGAGGAUGAGAAUGAAGAUUAUCUUGCAACGUACUCUCAUGACUAUCUAUCCAAUCUUUCCAAGAGACUCAAUGCAGAGAAUAGAGGAUUAAAUCUAACCCGUUCUGAUGCCUCAAACUUAUUCAAUUGGUGCUCUUACGAAUUGAAUGUCCGUGGCUACAGUUACAUGUGUGAUGUUUUCACAGAGGAAGAAUUGAUUCACUAUUCUUAUCAGGACGACUUGGAGAGCUACUAUGAAAAUGGUAAUGGUAACUCCUUAGGAGCAACUGCUGGUGCCGUAUUGUUUAACGCCUCUGUCGAAUUACUGAAAGAAAGUAGAGAAUUAGACCAAAAAGCUUGGUUGAGUUUCACUCAUGAUUCCGAUUUAAUUAAUUACAUUGCUGCUGUUGGUCUUUUCGAUGAUGGAAACCGAUUAAAUACGUCUUCAAUUCCAUUCCGUGAUCAUGUUUCCGUAAAUCCUGGAUUGUACCUCAAGGUGCGAGAAUUUAUACCCAACAGUUUUCGUGCUCCAACCAAACUUACGUCAGGUAUGUUGUCAACGAUGUUGUGA